AUGUCUUUCCAACAGUGGGGACAGCAGUCUAAGAAGCGUGGCCGGGACGACGACGGCGAUGUCGCCAUAGGAGGCACAGAGGGCUUCACAGAGCAUCGCAAUAAACGGCUGCAAUCGCUCCCCUUCCGCACAUCUCCCACAUCCAAGAAGCUAUCCUUCCAACCUAGCUUCAACAGCGGCUACACAGCGCCGAACCCAUUCAACACACAACAACCACCACGCACCCUUACUCCCGGCGAUUCCGACUCGGAGGACGCAAAGAAUGCCGGCGCGCAACAAAAGCCAUCCUUCAACACGUGGUCAUCCACAUCCCCAGCCGUAGCGAUGCCCCAUGCUCCGACCGGCACCGCUUUUAGCCAUGCACCCGAGAUGGUUGACGGGUACCGCACAAACGAUGUUGACAUGGAUAUGGACAUGGGCACCGAUGACCAUGUGCAGGAUGCGGCCCAACUGAGCCCAGGGCACGGCCAACCAGAUCCUAUGCAACCGGGCGGCAUCGCUAGCAGGAUGCCCACACCAAUACACUGUUCUUUCGCUGCUCAAGUCCGCGGAAACAACUGGAGCGGAGCGGCAGGCAACGCGGUGCAGCCGUCGAGUUUUGCGCAGCCUCCUGUCGAUCGCUCCGUUCCUCGCUCGCUGGAUCGGACAGCCUUUGCUGAUUGGAACAUGGUACAGAACCGAAGACUGCCAUCCCCUAUUAGUGAGAGCGGAGGCGAGGAACUCGGUUCUCCCAGGAUGGUGCUGGAAGGCCAGGGACACCCAGGCAUGCCCCCUAGAGCGGCGUCUGCCAUGGAGUUCUCGGCACCUGCACGGACUCUGAGUGCCCUCAGCAUUGUAAGCGACAACACUGGAGGGCCCGGCUCUCCUCCUUCGGAACAUCACCACAACAAUGAAUCCAACGGUGAUCAUACCAUGGAUGUUGAGGCGCCCGCCGGGCCGACACCAAAGAAAGGACACACGCGCAGUCGUCACACGCUCAACAGCUGGACCCAAGUGCCAGGAAUGAAGAAGUCGUUCAGUAUAGGGUUCCGAACAGACUGCGAGAAAUGCCGGCAGAAGGUGCCAGAGCACCCGGUCUGGAGAAAGCUUUUUGGAUUCGAGAUCGACGAGGGCAAGGCUUUUUGGAGGGCCAGAAAGGAGCACCUUGCCAAGGAAUGGGCCGCUGUGCGGGCUUUGGAUUGCGAAGAGCAGGUCGCGCGCAACGGACCAGAGGGCCAUGGGUCUGCUGGCGACCAAGCUCCCGUCCCAUCUCAGACAACAUCUGAGCGGAAGAUCGAGCCCCUAUCCGAUGAAUGGUUUGAGGACUUGGACAAGUCGAUCGACGAAAUCACCCGACUCUUUGAAGAGAUGCGCAUGGCGCCGCCUGAACCAGAGGAUUUCGACCAUAUUCAACACGCGGAAGACGGUCUUGCCGCCAUAGAACAGGACUUGACAAACUGCUUUACGAGUCUAGAAUCACUGAAACGACGUCUCGGGGGCGGUCGGUGCUCCUCUGACGACGACCUAUACAAAUUAUUCCGACCACGAUCUCUGGAUAUGGGUCCAUUCAACCGGAUCAAGAAAACCAGAAACCGUGUGGGCCACCGAAAGUCAAUGCCUUCUAUCAGCUCCCCACUUGGCGAGGCAGUAAUGAAGCACCUGUUCGGAUGGUGUUAG